CACAACCUUCCUCUCUAGCAGCCCGGCGACGGCGAUGUAGGGGUUAUUCAUCCAUGUGAUAGUGGUUAAAAAUCAAAAUUUAGAGAAGAUUUUCAAUUAAAAUGUCAGCACACCCCGAAGAACUGUUCCGGCAUGCAGCUGGGAGAGUGUUCAAUACGUGGACUGCUUUGCAGCUGGCUGUCGAGCAUGGAAUGGGUGGAUCACAGAGCUAUGCCAAAGCGAUGGGCAUGGUUGAUGCAGCUGUUCAAUUAUUCAGGAACAAACCGGACGCAGACUGGCAGGAAGUUGCCGACCUAUUGGGAGAUAUGAUGGAUGACGAAUUCAAUACUAUCUGCGAAGAUGAUUCAACAGAUGAAGUAGGGUUACUAUUGUGGGAGUUCUACAGACAUUGCUCAACAGGGGACAGAGCACUAGUUGAAUCUGAAAUGGCCAAACUUCCCCCUGUUGGAAACUGGUUGAGUAAAUGUAUAAAUCAAACCCAGGGACAGUGCUCUAAUUUCCAGGAAGGUGAUGAAGAGAGUGACGAAGAUGAAGGUGGAAAUGGUGGACCUAGUACUUCUAAUGGACAGCAUCCAAUGAAUAAUUCUAUGGAUACUCAUGGGGUUGAUCCUGAUGGUUGGACCCAAGUUCACAGGAGGAGGAAAUGAACGUUAAUCUUAAAAUUGGUGUAUAUUUAAAUGUAAGCAUAUGGUUAUUUAAACUUAUUGUUGAAAACAUGCAUUAUCGAAAUGUCCUGACUUGUAUUAAGUAGCUGAAAAUUUGUGUGGGAGAUUGCUUUUGAGUGACUUAAUAACAUAUUGUUAUCACAUCUAAGCUAUUUAUAUUAUUUGGAUCAAUACAUCACUAAAAUCACUA